GUGAAAAUGAGUGGAAAAGUGAAAACUACUGCGAUGUUAGUGCAGAUUCUGGCGACUAUGAGCAUUGCCUAUCUAACCGGGUUAACAGGCUCCGUCUACGCUUGGCCGUCAUACACAUACGAAACGUUUACCACUAAUAAAACAGUUCUAACUGAACCAAUGACACCCACACAAAUAUCUUUGUUGGGAAGUUUGACGAAUAUUGGUGCGUUGAUGGGAACGCCUCUGAGUGCGUUGGUCGUUGACAGGAUUGGCAGGAGAUAUUCUGCUAUGCUGUUUGGAUUGCCUUUUGUUAUCGCAUGGUCAAUAAUAUCUCUAACAAAGUCGAUAAACGUAGUCCUCUUCGCUAUUUGGUUCGCUGGUUUGGGCUCGGGUGGGCAAGCAGUAUCUUCAAUAUAUAUUUCAGAAAUAUCCCAAGACUCUAUAAGAGGCGCUCUCACAUCAUCGACUUUGUCUGGUUUCUUUGUCGGAUUACUGAUGUCCUAUUUCUUGGGAGGACAAUUGACAUAUUACCAAGUGGUUUAUGCUCUUUUGGGACUGUCGAUACUGUAUAUUCUGUUAUUGGUGUUGUUGAAGGAAUCGCCUGUGUAUUUAGUGCAGCAAGGGAAGGAAAAGGAAGCAGCAAAAUCGAUUGCAUUUUAUCGUCGAGUGGAUGCAAAGUCUAAGGAAGUUGAAAUUGAAAUAAGAAAGAUUAAAAUGCAAUUAGAUCCACGAAUUAAUCAAAUAUUGCAAGGAGAUGGAGAUCCAUCUGCAGCUAUGGAUUUAUUAGAAAAACCAGCGAUGGUAAAGGAUAAGAAUCAAUCACCUUGGAAAUUCUUAAUGAAGUCUGAAUCAUCAAAACGGGCGCUAUUCUCAGUUCUCUUCAUUAUGGGCAUUACGAUUCUCAUGGGGCCAAUCGUGUUACAAGUAUAUGCUGAGCCCUUGUUCAAAGAGGCUGUGCCAACCAUGCACCCGAAUUUGUGCUCUAUUCUGUUGGCCAUAGACUACCUUAUUGCAGCGCUGAUUUGCGCAUCCGUGAUUGACAGAUUUGGGAGGAAGUUGCUGAUGACAGUUACAUCCAUAGCGUCGGCCUUUUUUAAUAUUAUUCUCGGAAGUCAGCUACACUUACACUGGGCCCCACACUGGUUCACAGCCUUUAUCAUCUAUGCGUACAGCUUUGUGUACAACCUUGGAGCUGCUGUGGUACCUUUUGUACUUAUGGCUGAAGUGUUUCUUCCUGAGGUUCGAGGCCUCGGAAACAGCUUAACCAUGGUUUGCAUGUGGGUCAUGAACUUCGUUACCCUCAUGAUAUUCAAUCCCCUAGUGGAUAAAAUUGGUCUGGGACCUACCUUCUAUUUCUUCUCCAUAGUGUGUUUGAUUGGAGCCAUGUACAGUCAGUUCUGUCUACCAGAGACUAAGGGACUUUCAGCUGACGCUAUACAAGUAUUGUUUUUGAAGAAACGACCAGCUUCUGUAAAGGCUUAG